AUGGCUGCUCCGAGUCGGCGCGCGCAGGAUCUGCUGAUGGACGACAAAUGGGAUCUCUGCGUCGACCUCUCGCUCCGCCGAGUCGUCUACAGCUCGCUCGCGGGCGCCGCCACCGGCCUCCUAUUCCUCCCCCCCACACGCAUGCCCCCUUACGUUCCCCUCCCCCGCGCCGUUCCCCUCCCCCUUCCCCCCCCGCCCUCCCACGCAUCUCCCCUUUCAUUUCCCUCCCUCCUCGUUUUCCCCUCCCGCCACCCCUCAGAGUCUUCCACGAGUCGCUGGGCGGCUCUCGCCUUCGGCGCUGGCUGCGGCGUUGGUUCCGCCUACACCAACUGCUCUCGCCUUUUGGCGCAUGCUCAAGUCGUUCCCUCUCCGCAUCCUCCUUUCCUUCCCCUCCUUCCACCCUUCCCCCUCCGUCAACACUUCCCCCUUCCUUCGCCGCGCAGGGAGCCCCACGAGUCGCUGGGCGGCGCUUGCCUUUGGCGCCGGCUGCGGCGUCGGGUCGUCGGAUCAACUGCCGCAGGUAUAGAGGGAGGGUUUUUGAGACGCCUGGGUAGUGCCUCGGAACUGCCUACACCGGCUGCGCUGCAUUCUAGGCGGCCAGAUGCUGCAUUUCCCUCCUUCCCCUCCCCUCUCCCUCGCUGUUGCCAGAGCUGCUCCUUCUUCUCCUGCCGUCCCCUGUCAUCCCUGCCAUCCCUGCCAUCCAUUCUGGCUCUGUCUGUGCUCCCUUUCAGUGAUCUUUUCUGUCCCCCUAUUCUGUCCCAACCGUUGGCGUUCUCUGUGCACGUUGCUUGCAGGACUAGGAGUGAAUGA